AUACACACACACACAGACGACCUGAAAAUUUUCUCAUCUUUGUCGUCUUUUUCCUACAAGCAAUCUCUGGAAGUUUCUUCUUCGAAAAAGAAGAAGGAAAACCUAAACUUACUUCCUUCCCCUUUUCUUCUCCAUCAACAGAGCUUAUCAUCCCCAUUUUUGCUCCUUUUCCUUCAAACGAAUUGCCGAACUGUAAUUCUCUGAGAUCAUUGUAGCUUCUUCUCUGAACCAGCAGCAAUCGUCCCUAUUUCUUCCCUUCCGUUUUCGAUCCUCUUCUUCUUCCUUUCUACAAUACAAUCUCUAUUCUCAACUGAAAAGGGCCUCUACUCUGCGUACUCCUUCUCUCGCGGUAGUACGUCUCGUUCAUCACACAUCUAUUCGUCACUGCUAGUCUUCCGUGAUCCGGAUAUUGCACGAAUUUUGGUGAAUUUGGAGUAUGGAGGACGCUCAGGAGCAGCAAAGUCAAUCUCUUGGUCAAGACCAAGAAAAUGACAUAGUUGCUGAAGGUGCUGCUUUUGUGCAUGGAGAUCCACCUCAAGACGCUAAUGGUCCCCCAAAAGUCGAUUCUGCAGUUGAAAUCCUGCAUGAGAAAGUAACGAAGCAAAUCAUUAAGGAAGGUCAUGGUCAGAAACCAUCCAAGUACUCUACAUGCUUCUUGCAUUACAGGGGAUGGACUGAAAGCACUCAACACAAGUUUGAAGACACAUGGAAUGAACAGCAACCAAUCGAAAUGGUUUUGGGGAAAGAGAAGAAAGAAAUGACUGGCUUAGCAGUUGGAGUGUCCAGUAUGAAGUCUGGUGAACGUGCGCUGCUACAUGUGGGCUGGGAGUUAGGUUAUGGGAAAGAAGGAAGCUUUUCUUUCCCAAAUGUUCCCCCCAUGGCAGACUUGUUCUAUGAGGUUGAACUCAUUGGAUUUGAUGAAACAAAAGAAGGGAAAGCUCGUAGUGACAUGACUGUUGAAGAGAGGAUUGGUGCUGCAGAUCGACGGAAGAUGGAUGGGAACUCUUUAUUUAAGGAGGACAAAUUGGAGGAGGCCAUGCAACAGUAUGAAAUGGCCAUAGCAUAUAUGGGUGAUGACUUCAUGUUUCAGUUAUUUGGGAAGUAUCGAGAUAUGGCUUUGGCUGUUAAAAAUCCAUGCCAUCUUAACAUGGCAGCAUGUCUGAUAAAGCUCAAACGCUAUGAAGAAGCCAUUGGACAAUGCAGCCUUGUUUUGGCUGAGGACGAGAACAAUGUGAAAGCACUGUUCAGACGAGGUAAGGCUAGAGCAGAACUUGGGCAGACUGAUGCUGCUCGGGAAGAUUUCCAAAAAGCACGAAAAUUUGCUCCUGAAGACAGAGCAAUAGUGAAGGAACUUCGGUUGCUAGCUGAACAUGACAAGGCUAUUUAUCAAAAACAGAAGGAGAUUUAUAAAGGUAUUUUCGGACCGAGACCAGAAACUAAACCCAAGAGUGGUAAUUGGCUAAUUAUCUUCUGGCAGUGGUUGGUUUCGCUCUUCUAUCGCCUCUUCAAGCGCGAAAGACUUAAAGCUGACUAAGUUUUCAGGACCCUGAUGUUAAAUAAACAAUUAAGAUUGAUGUGUAUCUCAAGUGUUUUAAAAGUGUUUCUUGUUUUUCCAAAACUUGUAUCUUUUUACCUUGUUUUUAAAUCCAUUAAGAAUUCUGAUUAAGAAAAACCCAUUUAAAAUUAUGAGAGAAAGAGGCAUGAAAUGAUAAUAAAUUUUCUUGUUGA